UAUGAGGGUUGAACGCAAGGAGGGUGGUAAACGAGGUCGCAAACCUGGAAGAAAAUCUUCUACUGAAAAAGUAGAUGUAAAAGCUAAAUUAGAACGCAGCAGGCAAAGCGCUAGAGAAUGCAGAGCCAGAAAAAAAUUACGAUAUCAAUAUUUAGAAGAAUUGGUAGCAGAUCGAGAAAAGGCUGUUUUUGCUUUGCGCAAAGAACUUGAAAAGUAUCGACAAUGGGCUGUAGAUUUGGAUGAAGGAAGAGUGCCCGACGGUUUUCAAAGUCAUCUAGAAGAAAUUGGCGCAGUUAAGCAAGAAAAUUUCCUAGCAGAAUAGUACUACAUAUAUUCUAUUACUCAAUUGCAUAUUUUUUAUUAUGAAACAUUAUAUUUGUUAAGAAUUAUUUUUGAAUAUUCUAUGAUUAUUCUAUAAUUUAAUUUUAAUUGAAUGAUAAAGCACCAGAAGCAUGUGCGAGCGUGCAUUGAUAUAUUUUUAGAGUAGAGUAAGUAAAUUCUUUAAUCCUUUUAAUCUAAAAGGAAACUGUUCAUUGCAGAAAUUUAUCUUUUAUUCGAAUCAUAUUACUCUUCAGAAAAAUUGACAAUGUUUAGUUGUCUGCAUAUAUACAGAUUACAGGAAAUUCCUGAAUUCGGUCUAUGUAGAUG